AUGAAAUUUGUUAAACAAAAUUUAAUAUCUGACUUAUCAGAUCCAGUAAUUCUAAAGCAAAGAAUAACAGCAAUUCAAGAUGAGCAUGAAAGAUUGCUACUUUUAUAUAAUGAAUUUCUUGUUGAUAAACUUACCAAUGCAUUUAAUCACCCUGAUCCUACACAACAUGGUCUUUUUCAACAUACACAAGAAAUGAAACCAGACAAUAUCUAUAAAACUAAAGAAAAAGUUACAAAAGAAAAGCAGGUUAAGGAAUUAGUUAGUGUCUUGGCUAAACAAUAUUUACUAUCUAUGAAAGAUGAUUAA